CGCAACUAUGCAGUACACUGCCUCCUCAAUGCCGUGUGGACUGGACGGGCAGUCGGCUGGCCAUAUGCCGCACCACGCCUGGUCCGUGGCCUGCUGCCGCCCCAGUCGCUGCUCCAUGGCCUGCUGCCGCCCCAGUCGCUGCUCCAUGGCCUGCUGCCACCCCAGUCGCUGCUCCAUGGCCUGCUGCCGCCCCAGUCGCUGCUCCAUGGCCUGCUGCCGCCCCAGUCGCUGCUCCAUGGCCUGCUGCCGCCCGGAUUGCCCUCUCCGCCUCAGCCCGCCGCAGACUGGCCGACACUGUCGGUGCCUGCAGCACCCCCUGAUGUCUGGGGGUCGCCGGAUCAGCCGUCCGCAGCCUCGGGUUCUGUGCUCCCCUCCGACUAGACAAUGGAUAACCACACAUACCCUGAUCACAUGCUCCUCCUGGAGGGGAUAAAGGUCCCCCAGAAUUCUUCCUACCCUGCUUUUAUCCUUAUUCUCAUUAUUUUCAUCUUCAUCAUGUUGUCCAACAUUGGCCUGAUAGUACUAAUCACCAUGGAGAGGAGUCUUCAUGAACCCAUGUACAUGCUGUUUUGCAACCUGCCUCUUAAUGACAUAGUUGGGGCUACAGCAAUAAUACCUCGAUUCUUAUUGGACAUUUUAACCCCAGCACCUCAGCGGUAUAUAACUUACAUAGACUGUGUCACUCAGGCUUUCUGUGCUCAGUUAUUUGGUACGACUUCACACACCAUUUUAAUGAUCAUGGCCUUUGACAGGUAUGUAGCCAUCUGCAACCCGCUGAGGUACGCCACCAUUAUGAACAACAAAAUGGUGAUCAAGUUGUCUGUGUCUGCCUGGGGCGUGGCCACUGUCUUAGUGGGGAUUCUUCUGGGUCUCACAAUCCGUCUGUCACGAUGUAGGUCAAAAAUAUUGUAUCCAUAUUGUGAUAAUGCUUCCCUAUUUCAGCUCUCCUGCGAGAGUGUGCUCAUAAAUAACAUCUAUGGCUUAACGUUUACUGUUGUACUGUUUGUCACGUCCAUAAGCAGCAUCAGUCUCACCUAUCUAAAGAUUGCCAUUGUGUGUCUAAGCAGUAAAAACAGUUCUUUAAACAGCAAGGCCCUGACAACCUGCAGCACACACUUACUGGUUUACCUCAUGGUGAUUGGAUUUGGGGCCAUCAUUAUCAUCCUCCACCGCUUCCCAACAUAUGCCGAACUUGGCAAGUGGUGUAGUGUGCUUUUCCCUGUGGUCCCCACAUGUCUCAACCCAAUCAUAUAUGGUUUACAGACUAAAGAGAUUAAACAGAGGAUAUUAAGAAUAUAUAACACAAGGUUUGCCGCAUGAUGUUUUGUCUGACAAAGCAAUAUAUUUAAUUUAAUGCAAACCUCACUGUGUAUAGCAUUCUUUAAACAACUGUGGUAUAUUGAUAUACCAACAAGAAAACCAUCCACCCUGGUUUGUGUCUGUACAAUUAUCCACCCUGGCUAGCUAGUUAGC